CCCAAAGAAAGCAAAAUAUAUAAAAGGAAGCUGAGGAAACCUACUUGUUAGUGUAAUGUCAGUGUUAUGUUGUUAACAGUGUGCUGCAAUUUUUGUGCGUUGAAAUUUUGACAGCGAAGAUGAGAGCCCUUGAGGUCCUCGCGGUCCUCGCCCUCAGGGUCGGUCUGAGCGUCGUGCACCCGCAGUGCAUCAGCAGCAACGACUCCUUCCCCUCCCCGACCUCCAUUGACCUCAACGCAUUCAUAGGCUUCAACAUGAAGCUAUUCGCCGAGGUCCUCCCUGAGAUAGGCAACUUCGUCUUCUCUCCUUACACUGUCUGGAGGAGCCUUCUGCUGGUUUAUUUCGGCGCGGAGGGCAAGACGCUGAGGGAGCUCGAGUGGGCGAUGCCGUUCUUUGACAAGGCGGAGGACCUGGCCAUCUUCAAGGCAACGACGCUGAUGUACGAGGGCCCGGACGCCUUCGAAUCCCUCUUCGCCUCAAGCAGCCGCCUGUACCUGGACGACAGCAUCCCCGUCAAGGACUGUGUUUUCAAUGUUUUCAAGGAAAACAUCACGCUGGUGGACUUUGAUCAGCCGCUCUUGGCAGCCCAGAGGAUCAACUCCGCCGUCGCGGAGGACACGCGGGGCAUGGUCCCGGAGGCCGUCUCGGCGGGCCGCCUGCGGGGGAAGCAAGCCAUGUCGGUGAGCGCCGCCUUCUUCAAGGGCGCCUGGGAGCAGCCCUUCCGCCCCGAGUACACGGCUCAGGAGAAGUUCUUCCCCGAGAACGACGUUUACGUCACGCUGGACAUGAUGCACCAUGUCGGCCACUUCAGGAAGACGCACUCGAAGACCUUGCGCGCCUCCGUGCUCGAGCUGCCCUUCCUCGGCGAGUCCGCCUCCAUGCUCGUCGUUCUCCCGGACAAGAUGAACAUAAACACCGACCUGAAACUUGUCUUGAGCAAGCUGGAGAGGUCGAAAAAGUCCGUGUUCUUCGUGUCGGCCAAGGCGAGGACGAAGGUGUCGGUCAAGAUGCCCAAGUUCACCGUGGAGUCCGCGGUCAAGGAGAGCUUGAAGCAGGCUCUCAGGCACUUGAAUGUCAGCGACAUCUUCUCCGAGAACGCUGACCUGUCCACUUACAUCGACGUAGACGGAAAAGGAGGACUUAAAAAGGAAAAUGGAAUAGGAGGAGAAUUAGGAGGAGUAGGAAGAGAAGAAGAAGGAAAACUUAUAGGAGAGAGAGGAAAAGGAGAAGGGGGAAUAACCAAAGCACGUGUGAACGCCAUCGUUGAGAAAGCUAUGCUAGUGAUUGACGAGGGCGGUCUCUCGCCGGGGCUGGCGGGCAACCCCAACCCGGCGGGCAGGGUCAUCCGCCGCACGAGGCUGUUCGAGUGCGACCGCCCUUUCGCCUUCCUGAUCGUCGGGAACAAGAACAAGGCCAUCCUCUUCAUGGGCGUGUACAGAGGCCCGAGGGAAGACUUAAUCAGGGGCAUAGACGAUUAUUCCCAGAUGAAGAGGGAGACCAACUGAGAGCGAUUUUCAUGUCAUAUUUCGGUAUUCUUAACUAGACCUCGUUGCGUUGGUCAUUAUAAUCUAAGAAUAAUUAAUUAGCGAAAUUAAUAAAUAAGGUGAAUAACAUCA